AUGAGAAAAAGCUCCUCUCCGUAUCAAGUAUCACCAACCAAUAAUGCAAAACGUAAUUCUAGGACAAGUACAGCCUCAACCCUAACAGGCACUUUCACUUCACUUCUCAAAUUUAUGGAAAGGAAUACAAUACACGACUUGAAAGUUUAUAAAUUAACUAAAGAAGAACUGGAAGCAAAGAAGAGAGCGAGAAUCUCUAAAAAUCAAGAAUUUUAUAGAGUUGACACUCCGACUAAUGAAAGACCUUGUUCUGCACCUCCUUCAAGACCUAAGAAAACUCCAAUCAAAGAACAACCAACUGUUUCACCUAAAACUCCAAAGAGCAUGCCAACUCCAACAAAAAAUACUUUCAAAUCAAAUACAAAGAAAACCACUAGUACCACCCCUAAGAAAACAUUUACUCCUCAAUCAGCAGCUAAGAUUGCCAGCAAUAUUGACCUGGACAGUACACAAUUCUUGUCUCCACUCAAAUUGAAACCCCCACCCCAAUUAGAUUUACUUCCUCUCACCUCACGCAUUCUUCAACAAGAGAUUUCAGAAACUUCAAGCGAAAGUGAGAAGGAUAAGAGUUUGAAUAUAAGCGAAGAAUUCUUCCAAGAAGAUGAUUAUCAUAGAUUUGGUGAGUGGAGUAGCAAUAUUCAACAAAAUUCAGCAGAUCCAUUCAAAGUGCCAAUUGGAGCAUCUGACAAUGUUCGAGGAAAUGAACUUGAUUUAAUUAAGAACGAGCUUAGUGAACUCAGAAGCAAUAUGAUAAAACUUGAUCCAAAUGCAAGAAUAGUCGAGAAAAAACUUGAGGAAAGAAAGCAAAGAGAAUUUGAAUUAGAGGAAAAAUCAAUGAUGUUACAACACGAGUUGGAUAUUUCCAGACAAUCCUAUGCAGAACUGGAAGAACGAUUCUCAAAAUACAGAGAAGAUACAGAGGAUAGAGAAAUGACUAUGCUUCAAAAAAUAGAAGAACUUACACAAUUGCUUAUGCAACAAGCAAAAGGCAUGUACCCUGGAAAGGAAUAUUUUAACUAUCUCGUGGAUAAUCAGCACUCUGUGUACAGCAACAGCUAUUCAAAUGACGAACAGUAUGGUGAAGAUGAAACUGAGCACAAUAUCACACCAACAAAUUCCACUCCUUCGAAACCAUCCCCUCAAACAGACUUUAUCAUCAAUGGAAGGCCUGUACUGAAAAAUAUCGCCUCUGAACAAGACAUUGCUAGAUCACCAACAAGGAAUCAAUCUCAUUUCCCACAACCUAUAAUGAGAUUUGAAACUAAUCCUUUACUUGCAAAGGUAACUCCCUCAAAAACAAGAGUUCCAUAUAGUGAGGAAAAUAAGGAAAACAUGAUGACAGAAUAUUCAGAGAAAUUGAGUGAUGAUGUUUCUCCAUUUGCAACUUAUAGAUAUCCAGUCGACGAUCAAGAUGGAGCUAUUGAAAUUCAUAGACCUUUAAUUGUAGGAAGAGACUUUUCAAAUACAAUCCAAAACAAUACCGUGGUAACAAAACAACAUAAGGAUUUCUCUCCUCCAAAUUCAGGAAGAGGACUUAUGUUGCCUCCUCAAUCCAAAGUUAGAAAGUUUAAUAUUCGAGAAAAACACUAA